AUGAAUGCUUUACUGAUAGGAUUAGAAGCCGAGAAAUAUGUUGAUGUUUUCAGAAAACAUAAUAUUGGUCAAUGUACUCUGAUGGAAUUAACUGAUGAAGAUCUGAUAAAAUUAGGAGUGGAUGAGCCAGAUAUAAGGAAAAAUCUUCUUGAGGAAGCUAAAAACUUGCCAAUUUAUGAAGAAUCUAAUUGCAAUUUAAAAAAAUAUAGUCAAAAUCUAGGACCAUUGGAAGUUGUUGAUGUAUUAGAAGAGAGCUCUCAACAUUUGUAUAGGAUAUAUUUAAGUAUAUUGGCUAAUACCUUAGCCGUUAAAAAGACAAAAAAGAUUUCAGAUUGCCUCCUAUAUAAAGACAAAUAUGCUUCGGAUAUUGCAUUAGAAACCUUAAGGGAAAUAACCGCUACUUUAAACUCAAUGGACAUUGCAAUUCACACACAUUUUAAGGCAUUUAGACAAGAAUCAAAUAAAAAGAGAAAGAAGAAGAUGUUAGUAGCUACUGUGGGCAGUGCAGUGAUAGCUGUGUUAACUGUUUUAUUUAUCAAAUCUAUAAAAGACAUCCAU